CCUAACGAUGCACGCCGAGCCCGGGGGGCUGGGCCAGGAAGAGGCCGGGGCUGGCGGCCUGCCCGGCAGCGGGCGCGUGAAGCGGGGCUGGGUCUGGAACCAGUUCUUCGUGGUGGAGGAGUACACAGGCACAGAGCCACUGUACGUGGGGAAGAUCCAUUCGGACUCGGAUCAGGCUGACGGUUCCAUCAAGUACACCAUCUCUGGGGAAGGCGCUGGCACCAUCUUCCUGAUUGAUGAGCUGACGGGCGACAUUCACGCCACUGAACGCCUGGACCGUGAGCAGAAAACCUUCUACACGCUGCGGGCUCAGGCGCGGGACCGCCAGACCGACCGGCUGCUGGAACCCGAGUCGGAGUUCAUCAUCAAGGUACAGGACAUCAACGACAACGAGCCCCGGUUCCUGGGGGGGCCCUACAUCGGGAGCGUGGCUGAACUCUCCCCCAUUGGGACCUCGGUCAUGCAGGUGAUGGCGGCCGAUGCCGACGACCCCACCUAUGGCAGCAGCGCCCGGCUGGUCUACAGCGUGCUGGACGGGGAGCAGCACUUCAUGGUGGACAGCAGGAGCGGCAUCAUCCGGACGGCUGUGGCCGAUCUGGACCGGGAGACUCAGGACCGGUACGAGGUGGUCAUCCGGGCCACGGACAUGGCCGGGCAGCUGGGGGGCCUUUCGGGCUCCACCACCGUCACGAUCGUCAUCACCGACGUGAACGACAACCCCCCGCGCUUCCCACAGAAGAUGUACCAGUUCAGCAUUGCGGAGACGGCUCCUGUGGGCACCCUGAUUGGGCGAGUGAAGGCCGAGGACUCGGACGUGGGCGAGAACACCGACAUGGCCUACCAGGUCAAGGACGAGGCGGGGCGGGGGGCCUUCCGGGUGACGACGGACGGCAACACGCAGGAAGCCCUGAUCUCCGUGCAGAAGCCCCUGGACUUCGAGGCGCAGGCGGUGCACACGGUGGUGCUGGAGGCCCUCAACAAGUUUGCCGACCCCCGCUUCGUGGACCUGGGCGCCUUCCGAGACCAGGCCAUCGUGCGGGUCUCCGUGCUGGACGUGGACGAGCCGCCUGAGUUCCAGCCCCCCGACGGCCUGAUGGAGGUCCCGGAAGAUGCGCUGGUGGGCUCCCUGGUGGGUGUGGUCACCGCACUGGACCCCGACGCCGCAAACAGCCCCGUCCGGUAUGCCAUUGAGCGCAGCACGGAGGACACGGAGGAGCCGAUCUUCCGCAUCGACCCCACGUCGGGCGCCCUGGUGACCAGCCAGGCCCUGGACCGGGAGGCCGCCGGCUGGCACAACAUCACGGUCCUGGCCAUGGAGGCAGACAAUCACGCUCAGGUGUCCAGGACAUCCCUCAGGAUCCGCAUCCUGGACGUGAAUGACAAUCCGCCCGAACUGGCCACCCCCUAUGAAGCUGCAGUCUGCGAGGAUGCCAAGCCCGGCCAGCUGAUCCAGACCAUCAGCGUCGUGGACCGAGAUGAGCCCCAGAGUGGCCACCGCUUCUAUUUCACGCUGGCCCCGGAGGCUUCCAGCAGCCCCCACUUCUCCCUGCUGGAUAUCAAAGACAACAUGGCCGCCGUGCACACGCAGCGCCCCAGCUUCAACCGGCAGGAGCAGGACCUCUUCCUGCUGCCCAUCCUGGUGGUGGACAGCGGCCCCCCCGCCCUCAGCAGCACCGGCACCCUCACCAUCCGGGUCUGCGGCUGCGACAGCGCCGGAGCCAUCCAGUCCUGCAACACCACCGCCUUCGCCGCCUCCGCCUCGCUCAGCCCCGGCGCCCUGAUCGCCCUGCUGGUCUGCGUCCUCAUCCUCAUCGUGCUGGUUCUGCUGAUCCUGACCCUGAAGCGUCACCAGAAGGGCCACCUGGCUUCGGAGGAAGACGAGGACAUGCGCGACAACGUGAUCAAGUACAACGACGAGGGCGGGGGCGAGCAGGACACCGAGGCCUACGACAUGUCGGCCCUGCGCAGCCUCUAUGACUUCAGCGAGGGCAAGGGAGGGGGCGAGAGUGGGAGCGCCCCCCCGCCCUCGGAGCUCCACUCGCUGCCCCAGUGGUGCCAGGUGCCCGACCUGGACUUCUCCCUCUUCAGAAACUACAUCAGCAGGAAGGUGGGGCAGGCGGACGAGGACCCCUCGGUGCCCCCCUACGACUCUUUCCAGACCUACGCCUUUGAGGGGGCGGACUCCCCCCUGGCCUCGCUCAGCUCCAUCGCCUCCCGCUCCACCGGCUCCGAGCAGGACUUCUCCUAUCUCAGCGGCUGGGGGCCGCGCUUCCGGCAGCUGGCCGCACUCUACGCCGCCGCCACCACCACCGGGGGGCGCCGCGGGGGGGAGGAGGGUGCCGCCGCCGCCGCCGAGGAGUCCUAGCCCAGCUCACCAAACCCCCACCCCCACCCCAGCCCCCCAGGACAGAGGGAAGAGCCGGUGGGGCCGCCGCGUUUCCUCCGGGGUCCAGCCGCACCGCCCUCGCCCCCGGGCGGGCGGAGGGUCCCAAGCCGGAGCCCCUCUGCGGCUGCCAGCCUCCUCCUCGGGAAGCCACCGCUGCUGCUGCUGCUGCUGCUGCUCUGCCAUUAAAAGGUUCCCCGUCUUUGGUUGGAGGAAGAGCUGUGGGAUGCCAGCAGCCGGGGCUUCUGCUCUGGCAAAUUAUCAUUUAAAUAGAUCUGUGUGAGGAGAGGGAGGCUGCCUGCCGGGGGAGGAGGAGGAGGGGGGGGAGGGCAGCUUUUGUUGUCGAAAUUGAUUUUGUCACUGGAUUCCCAACGUUUGACAAGCUUUGAUUUGCUAAGCAGCGCCUCUGCCAAGAGCAUUUACUACUUGGCGUCUCCCACUCCAAAGCCUCUUGAGGAGGAUCCUGGCUUCGCCCCAAGCCAGGGCCGGGGAGCGUGGCCACGCCUGGCGCAGAGCUCAGAGGGAGCAGCCGCCCACCCCGGCAAAGAGGGGCAGCCUUCCCUCCUCCCACCCCCCCCAGGGGGCCACCGCCUGCUUCUGGUGGGAUGGCUCCCUGCCCCUCCCCUCCCCUGCAACCCCCCCCCAGAUGUGCCAGAAGCUCCCUGGAGUGUGUGUGACUCUGUGGGUGGGGGGAGUGCAGGGCUGGGAGUGGAGAGGGGGGAGGCUGCUUGCCCCCACCAGCCCCGCCUGGGGGCCUUCCCUCCUUAUCUGGAAAGGAGCCCCUUUGCCCCCCUCCUGUGGCCGGCCCCUGCAGCCCCCUGGCUUUCCUUUCCUUUCCACCAGAGCCCUGCCUGCCCCCCCCGCCCCGCCCGCAUCUGCCAGGGAAGGUGGGCAUGACCCCCUGCUGCUCCCCAACACCUCCCAAUCACCCCUAGCGAGACUCCCCCCAGUGGGAGAGACCAAGGAGGGUGGUGGGAUGUGCCCAGCCCAGAUGUGGGGGGGGCCUUUGCCGGCAGGUGGGGUGGCUCCCUGCAGCAGCUGCUGAAGCCCCCAGCCCCCUUUCCCUUCCAGGCCAGCCCUCCGCCCUCCCGGGGCCGGGCCAGCCCCUCCAAGCCACCGGACUCCCCAGCCCUGGCCCGGACGAGUGGCUUGUUCUCAGGAUCCCUCCGGGCCGCUCUGGGCGGCUUCGGCUUCCGCCUCCCAGCCUGGCCGCGGCCGGCUUGCUCCCUGCUGGGGCCUUCACUGUGACUUUCCUCGGGCUCUGGAGAAGCAACUGGGCAGACGCAGCCCAGCCCGGAGGAGGCUCCCUCCCUCUCCUCUGCCUCAGGAACCUUUUUCUGCUUGCCCCUUGGCGGGGGCGGGGGCGGGGUGGACCCCCGCCCUGUUCCGCUGGGAAGGCCGGUCCUCAGGCCUCCCCGACAAUGGGCCAAACAGGGUAAGUGUUGGACACGCUCCGCCUGGCUCCCACACACUGCCCCAAAGGGAGCAGCCACACACACACACAACCCCGCCUGCCCACCCGCCUGCCCGCCAUGGGCAAGGUUUUCUGCAUUGCUGCCUCCCCCCACCUGUAAAUAGGAGCAGGCUCCCAGUCCCAGAGGCCUCCCUCCCUCCCUCCCUCCCGCUGCCCCCCAGCCCUGAAUGCCCCUUCAGGGAGGAGGCGGAGGCCUCUCAUGGAGGGCCGGGUGGGCCUGCAGAGCCCCCGUGGAGUGGGUGGCUCAUCCUCCUCGUCCUUCUCACAAGGUCUUUCUGGGACCUGGAAAUAAAUGAUUUCCUUGUCGUC